AUGGCGACCCGUAUUCUCGCCCUCCGCCACACUAUGUGUCGGUAUCGUCCAACCUCCUCGUUCGCAGCUAUUCACUUUCCUUCCGCGUACCGACUGCAGCCUUUUAGUAGCAGCGAAAAGUCGACCGGUAGUGAUCCAUCGAGCGACGCGAACAGCCUCGGCCCGGACCAUCCCAUCGCGAUAACGGACGCAGCGGUAGAGGAUAACGGGGAAUCCGUACCCGCGCCCAUUGAUCGAAGCAAAUAUACGGAAGAAAUCCGAGUCCGUAUGCCGGAUAUGGGAAAAGAUAAUGGUAAAGUUUUGCGAUGGUUGAAGAAGGAAGGAGAUGUUGUGAUGCAGGAAGACGUGUUGUGCGACAUUGAAACGCCCGACUUUGUGUUUGGCCUCAAAUUGGACGACGAUUACCUCUCCAUUCUCAGCGAAAUUCUGGUAGAAGCUCCGUCUGGACCAAUCCCAGACAAUGACGUUAUUUGUGUGCUCCUACACAAAGGCAAAGAAAAACAGGAGAAAAAGAGUUCGAACGAGGAGGAGUGA